CAGCUUCAGUGGUGGGUCCCGCGAAUUCCCAAUGAGCUGCUGCUGUUUUGCUGGAGGGGGGUGGCUUUGGGCGGAAGCUGCUUUGUAGCCUCGGAGAAGCGAAAUGGGGGUGAAGCUGGAGGUGUUUCGGAUGACACUCUACCUCACCUUCCCUGUGGCUAUGUUCUGGAUUGCCAAUCAGGCCGAGUGGUUUGAGGACACCGUCAUACAGCGCAAGAGGGAGCUGUGGCCACCUGAGAAGGAGGACCAGCGCCAAGAGCUAGAAGAAUUUAAAGAGAGGAUACGGAAGCAGCGGGAGGAGAAACUCCUUCGCAGUGCCCAGCAAAGCUCCUGAAGCCUCCAAGUCCCAGGCCCUCCAUCCAUAAAAUAACACACAGUCAGUUCUUUGUUGCUCGUGAAA